AAACAGACGAAGAAGAAACAGGCCGACAGAAAAAAAACAACAACGGAAGUUGAUUCUCCGGGCGGAAAGCUCUCGAAAACGGUUCGUUCUUCGAAGAGGCCGUCCGAUAAAAAGAUCUUAAACAAUGGUGAAGAUUUUUGUAGGAAAUCUGCCCCGAGAGGCAGACCAGGAUGAAAUCAAGGCGCUCUUUACUGAGUACGGCACAGUCACAGAGUGUGCCAUCAUCAAGAACUACGCCUUUGUCCACAUGGAUGACCGCAAGGCUGCCACCAAAGCCAUCAAGAAUCUGCACCUCUACAAGCUUCACGGCACGCCGAUCAAUGUGGAGGCCAGUCACGGGAAGAACCAGGGCUCAGUCAAGCUGCAUGUAGCCAACGUAGAAAAGGGAGCUGACGACGAGCUUCGUGCUCUCUUUGAAGAGUACGGUACAGUGACAGAAUGUGCUGUUGUUAAAAACUUUGCUUUUGUACACAUGUCUAACUCUGACGAGGCCAUGGAUGCCAUCAAAGGACUGGACAAUACUGAAUUCCAAGGAAAACGCAUCCAUGUCCAGAUUUCUAAAAGCCGCCCCAGACACGACGAACGGGACGACUACCCCCCUCCCCCCCCAGACAGGGGUGGCUAUUGGCCUCCUCGCUAUCCAGGAGAGAGACAUGAGCCUCCUCCGCCAGGCUACAUGAGAGGCCGCCUCAGCCACAUUCCCCCAGGUUACCCCGCCCCUCCCCUCCCACCCCCUCCCCCCAGACGAGCUGUUUAUCCUGAACGUCCCUAUGAGGGUGAGAGGGACAGAUAUGGCGUGGUAGAUUACUAUGAGAAGUACAGAGCCCGCCCAUAUGGCAUGCCCUCCUACGACGACCAACGUGCUGGCGCCCCGCCUCCUCCCCCUCCCCCCUCAGCCGUUGUCCGAGACCGUCUCAUGCCCUCGUCGCUUGACCCUUAUGAGCGUCGUCCCCUCCCACCUCCUCCGUCUUCAUACUACGCCCGAGAUCGCAGUCCCCUCAGGAGAGCACCUAGCGCGCCAAUGCCCCCCGCCAGUAACGGCUACUCCUACGAGCGCUCCCGACUUUCUCCGGUAUCCCGAGUCCCCGCAUACGGAGUUCCUCGUGCCAGAGACCCCUACGCAGAACGCCUACCUCCGCCUCCGCCUGCACGCUACGCUUAUUAAGCAAGGCCCUGGCAUGUGAAGGAUCGUCGUCCGACUGCGUCGCCGCUCGCCGCCUCCUGAUGCACGUGACACUAUCCUCUUCCUGUCUGUGGCUGAGCGCGUUUCGUUCCCUCUGCGACGCUCACAGGAGGAACUGAAUUGUCGACGUCCACGUCUGUUUUUGUUUUUUUUAUUAUUUUGGGACAGAUUUUACUCGUUUUUUUCCCCCCCUCUGGUUGUUUUUCAUUGUGCUGUAGUAUUUUUUUAUACUUGACGUCUAAAUUAGGCGUUUUUCUGUUUUUUUAAUUUGUACUUUUACGUUUGAAAAAAAUUAGUGUUGUGAUGUUGUGUAUGACCUUAGAAAAUUAAAUAAUUUCAGCAGCAGUCUAGGCGACACUUGUUACUGUAGAUUUAAUUGAACUGAAUCAUGUUUGGUAUCAAAUCUAAUCUGCACGUUGGUUCCAUCAUGUUACGCUUUCCCAUCGAAAACCAAACUUCCAUUUGGCGUUGCUGUGAAAAUGUAGACUGCUAAGACGUAGGUUUAACAAAUGUAGAAUUAAACUGUCAAUAGGACAGUUACCGCCAAGCGUCACAUGUACCUGUCCAUUGUCGAACUUGUUUUUAAUAAACGGAUUUGUGCAGUAUUCCUGUUGUGCCCCAAAUCAUGCUCAGCGCAAGAACACCUCAUCAGUGUAACCGCUUGAUUCGAACACUGUGCUAUCUUUUCGAAAAAAUAAUCCUAUACUUAAUGAUUGCUCAUUAUAGAUAAAAUCACGCAUAACAAACUUGUUAAAAUCGUCACGCUGAUUGAAGAAAUGUAUCUAGUCUUGUCUGGAAAUCCACAGCUUGUCACUCAGCAGCGCACCUCUAGAUUGUCCCCUUCAGUUUCAUGAGUGAAACUUGCUCACAUUAGAACCAGUCCAGCUGUGCUCCACCAGGUGAGGCUAGUUUACCUUGAAUCUGGGGGGAGAUGACAUCAAAGGCUGCUGGAGACCUUCAGUCGACAGGUAAGUUGAGGGCUGUAAAAUUACAGACAGCACAUCCUCACAAUGAACUUUGUUUAGGUAAAUAUCACUCAUGCUAUUUACUUCAAAUGUUUGUAAUAGUGGAAAUGAACUGAUCAUUUUACAGGAACUGUGGUGUUUGCUAGUUACGUGUUUUUCAUACAUUGCCUGUACGCACAACUAUCCAUUCAGCUGUAAAGCUGCUCUUCAAAUUUGCCAGAGUUUGCUGAGUAAUAACAUAUAUAUAUAUACAUAUAGUUGACAUUCUAGGCACUGCCAGCACAUUAGGAAUGGACUAUAGUGUUCAAAUUUUCUUUAAAAAAAAUUGGGACUUAAGAGAGUUUUACACAGUUUUGAUGGACAGAAGGAAUUUAUAGUACUUUCUCAUUGUAUUGCUUUUUUGGAAUCUGACCUGCAUGAAUAAAAUGUUUAAAACAA